UUUAGUCGGUGAAAUGUCAAGGAAGACGCCGAAACAUUGUUUCGUGCCCUGUUGCGAAAGUAACUCCGUAAAAACCCCGUGGAAAUUGUUUUUACCUGUCCCGAAAGGUACAAUUCGAAAAAAAUGGAUCGCCGUUGCGCGCCGAAGUCCAGCUUCUUUAAAAUCGGAUUUACAUUGUUGCGAGGAUCAUUUCGAUUUGAAGGAAGACCUUCAGAACUACAUCAAAUUCUCAUUAAGACCCACUUGUAGAGUUUUUUUGAAGGCAGGGGUCCUGCCUCGCUUUUUUGCAUGCCAAAAGGACCGGGCCAGGACGGCUCACCCUACCGAAAUCCGACCUGCAGCUGCAAAAUUGCAAAGGAAGCGGAUCUUGGCAAACAUGCUGGAAGAAAAAAGUAAACCUAACACGAAUCAUGCCACAAAAGAGAUGCCGCAGAAUAUUCAACCAGCCGAAGAUUCGAAUCCCUCUCAGUGCGAAUCCGAUGCUUCGGUGGCUGGCAAAUCUUCCAUCACCACCCCGGUAAAGAGGCGAGUGAAGGUCUGCAAUGCUUGGACUGCGACAGAGGAGUCUCAGCAUGCCGAAGAAGCUAUACCUGUUCCUGUGCAAAAUGUGGAAUCCUGUUCGUCGUUGAAACAUUCUCCCAGGGAAUCGACUAUUUUACCGCAGGAUGGAUCAUUCCCCUCGGUGGCAGAUGCGGUAUACGAAUAUGUGCCGAGCGUUGUUAGCACCCCCGAAUUAAUCCCCGAGGAACUCCUUGGAUCGAUCUCUAGAAAUUCCGAACGACGACUUGAACGUAUUUCGAAAAAGCCUAAAAUUUACAUUGGUGUCACUGAUGAAUGGUUUUUCCUCCUUGAACUGCUAUCGCGAUCUGCAAAAAUACCACUUUUUAACAUAAUAUUGACAAUGGAGAAGAUAAAAAACAAUCUUCCUUUUGAUAUUCUUGGGGAUGAAUAUGACAUAAGUGCGCAACAAGCCGCUAAACUAUUUCGUGCAACUGUUCCAAUCAUGGCUCACUUUUUCGGGCGAUUGGUAUUUUGGCCUUCAAAAUCAAGGAUCCAAUCAGCAUUGCCUCUGGCUUUCCGCGCUCAAUACCAAAAGGUGCAAUCGAUCCUAAAUUGUCUUGAAAUUGAAAUCGAGCAACCAAGCAAUUUAUUACAUCAGGCGUCAACGUGGUCCAAUUACAAAAAAUGCAACACGGCCAAAUUUCUCAUUUCUGCGACGCCUGAUGGUUUUAUCAAUUUCGUUUCCGAAGGUUUCGGCGGGAGAUGCUCGGAUACUGAAAUAGUCAAAAACAGCAAAUUUCUUGAUGUACUCCCACAAAAAUGCCACAUCAUGGCCGAUCAAGGAUUCAACCACUUAGAGUCAUUUUUGCAAGGGGAGAAAGGAUGCGUUCUUGUAAGGUCGCCUACUGCCAGGAACAACGGAACGCCAACGAAAGAGCAAGUGAAAGAAACAAAUAGAAUAGCGAGUUUGAGAAUCCAUACUGAACGAGUAGUUAAACAAUUCAGAGAAUUUGCAUUUUUGAAGCCCCAUGCAGCGAUUCCGAUUCAGUCCGUAGACUUACUAAGCGAUGUCGUUAAAAUUGCCGCAGCGCUGAUCAAUGUACAAUCACCUGUAAUUAAUUAAAAUAAAAUGUCCAUGCAGUAUCUUUUACGCGUUCGCUUAUAAAACCAAAUGUUAAAAUACGAAAACUAAAUAUUAUUGUUAGCUAUAAAUACAAGUUUUAUAUUAUUAAUUACGAA